AUGUCUGAGAUCCGUCAGAAUUAUUCCACUGAGGCUGAAAUCUUCGUCAACCUUUUGACGAACCUGCAUAUAGUCUUCACUUACCUCUCUAUGAGCUUCUAUUUCAGCCGAGAAAACGGGUUCCCGGAAUCCUUGGGCUUCUUCUUCCUCCGGCUGGCCAAGGAGAAGUACAAGGGGAUGCAGAAGCUUCUGGAGCUGCAAAACGAUCGUGGGGGGCUUGUGAUCUUCUACACUGUCUCAGAUCCCCCCCAAGACGAGUGGGGGACCAUCUUGCAGGCCAUGGAAAGCGCCCUGGCCCUGGAGAAGAAGCUCAACCAGUCCUUCCUGGAGUUGCAUGAGAUCGGCAUGGUCCAUAAAGACCCCCAUGUAAGCGAUCACCCCACACCCUCACUCCGAGGGUCUCUCCAGGCAUGA